AUGGAAAACACUCCACCACUUUCCACCAUCAAAAUGAAGUUCUUCGCUGUCGCUGCCCUCGCUGCUGGCGUUCUUGCCGCCCCUGCUGAGCUCGCUGCUCGCACCUACACUAACCCUACUCUCUGCCCCAACGGCCUCUUCAGCAACCUCGUCUGCUCCGCCACUGACGUUCUCGGACUCCUUUGCCUCGACGCCUCUGUUCCUAGCGAGGCUCCUCGUGACGCCCGCCACUUCCAGGAAAUCUGCGCCAAGGUUGGCAAGGCCGCUCGCUGCGCCGUCCUCCCUGUUGCCGAUCAGGCUGUUCUUUGCCAGCGUCCCGUUGGUGUUGCCGUCUAA